AGCACAGCGAGAAUGGAAAUGGGCGUGGCUAGCACCAGAAAUUCUUAGGUGUUGUCAUCGUGUUCCUUUAGUUUGGUGUGUUUUACACUGGGCGUGCGGGCGCAGUUUAAGACGUUACAAUGCUACUUUAAUAGCAAUAGUUUUUUUUCUUUUCUAUAGAUUGUUAGAGUUGUGUAACGUAUUUAUCCUAUAGUAUACAGAAGAAAGACCGUUAGGUAUCUCCAGGAAAGCAACAAUCCUACAUUUCACACGAAGGCUAACUUUAGCUUAUAAGCUACUAGCUAACGCCUAACGUUAGCUAUGGAGGAGAAGAAGGAGGAGAGAGAAGCGGAGAUCCAAGAGCACGGCCCCGAACACUGGUUCUCCAAAUGGGAACGGCAGUGCUUAGCAGAGGCCGAACGGGAUGAUCCAAACGAAGAGGAGACGGAACAAAGCCAACAGAAGCUGUGGCACCUCUUUCAGAACUCGGCCACUGCGGUAGCACAGCUCUACAAAGAUAGAGUGUGUCAGCAGCAAGGCCUCUCUCUCUGGGUGCCCUUCCAGAAUGCAGCCACAGCUGUCACUAACCUGUAUAAAGAGAGUAUGGAGGCCCGCCAGCGGACCUAUGAUCUGGGCAUCCACUUAGGUCACCAGCGCAGGAAUAAGGAUGUGAUUGCAUGGGUUACGAAACGCAGGAGAACUAUUAGGCGCGAGGACCUUAUCAGCUUCCUGUGUGGAAAAGUUCCACCUCCACGGACAGCUCGCGCCCCUCCAAGGGUUGCCAUGGUGUCUGCAAGCCGACCAUCACCCCCAGAGACGGGUAGCUCUGUGGAGACCGACCUGCAGCCUUUCAGAGAGGCCAUAGCACUGCAUGGCCUUAGCGGUGCCAUGGCAAGCAUUUCUGUGCGUUCGGGUCCUCCUGGUUCACCAACUCACCCUGCCCAGUCCCUCAGUCGUCGCAGGAAUGGUCUUCAUGAUGUGGACCUCAACACCUUCAUUGCUGAGGAGAUGGCGCUCCAUUUGGAUUCAACAGCCAAUCGUAAACGAGGCCCUGCCCCCUGUAGUGAUGUCAUCACAGACUCACCUACUCAUAAACGUAACAGGAUGCUCUGAACUUUUCCUACACCACUAAUCCCUCCGUUGUCCUCUCCUUGGUGGCCGACUGGACAGCUGAUGAGGACUGAUGCCUUGGCCAACCAUUGAAAUCUUCCUCCUUUUCAUCUUAGUUGCAAUGCUACAAAUAAACUUAACUAUUACCAAUCCACACAUUUAUUCCCUUUAUUUUUCUUUCAACCCCGUGUUGUCUCACACAUCCUUUCUAUAGCAGUGUUGUUUUUUCAGAAAAUGUUCUUUCCUGUUUGUUUGAUUGCCCCCAGUAGAUUGGACAGAGAAGCAAGCACACAUCACACUUGAAAUCCUUGAAUUGCAGAUUGUUGAGUUAGACAUGUUUAUUUGGCCAGGCUCCUUUUUGUUCUUCAUAUCCGAUAAUCAGAUGAACCGGGCUGUUGCCUACUGUUUGCAGUUCUGUUCCCUUCAUUCCUCGUGCAAACUUUCUUCUCAUCUUUGGAGUGCUGGCCGAACCAGACUGGACUGAAAACCCGGCUCCCCGGGAGGCUGAACCACCACCUCGCUGUGUGGCCCGACUCAAAAUGCUUGUAAGCGUGUGUAUUUCAUUCUGUUGCUGCUCUGUGUGUUUGCGUAUCUGACAGCAGAACUGCCACUUACUGUGUUGUACUUGUCUUUGCCUUUGAGAAAGCUGCUACAGUAUCUCUGGUUGUUGCGCAACUGUGUGUGUGUGUGUGUGUGUGUGUGUGUGUGUGUGUGUGUGUGUGUGUGCUUGUAUGUGUGUGUGUGUGUGUGUGUGUGUGUGCUUGUAUGUGUGCUUGUAUGUGUGCUUGUAUGUGUGCAGGAUUAUGGCAAAUCCAGCACCCACUUGACCGAAUUAUUUCCCGUUUUUACUUUCAUCCUAUUUUUUUUUUUUUUUUCUUUAGUUGCUCUUUGCAGCCCAAACCAGGGUUUUAUCACAAAGCAGGUCAGUCCACUUUACUAUACUACUACAACACGAUAAUGGUGACUAUCAUUACUGUCAGAUGUAGCUGACAAAUUGAGUAGUGAGGUAACAAGAUAAGCAAGAUGCUUUCCAAAAAAAGAGUUGCUUAAGUACCCAUAUCCUGCAUUCUUAUUUGCAAGUUUCAAAUCACACUGUUGUUGUCAUAGGUAUUGUCAUGUUUACAAAUAAUCCAAAUAUACACCAUUUUCCUGUCUGCAUCAAAAUAUAUUUGACAAAGCUGUCAAAGCCUGUGUUGUACCUACUUUGUUUACAUUUGGCCCUUUGAUGACAAACUGGUGCAUUGUCAUUUUGGCUCUUGUAUUUAAGAGUUACAACACUUGUGAUUUCAGCUUUAAACCUAGAAAAUUACAGGGGGCAGUUGCCUGUGGUAUUCUACUUUGCUUAGCCAACUUAUGGACUGUUGGGUGUGAUGGUUCAGCAAGGCUUUGGGCACUUGUUUUGCUUAUUUUGCACACUGCUUUGUGAUACAAUCUUGUGUAAUGUAUGUAAAUACCAUGUAGGUGCUGUUAUAUGUGGUACAUAUUGUAAAAAGAAGUGCAAAUCCAUUGGGAUGUCCAUGUACAAUAACAAUUCUGACAUUAAAGAAAAUUCAAGCGUU